GAGAGAGAGAGAGAGAGAGAGAGUGUGUGGGGGUAAGGCCAAAAAUGUCUCUCUACGCCUCAACGUUCGUCUCGCCGCCGACGACUGCUGCUUCUCCGGGCAGCAGCAGCAGCGCAUUCAUCGGUGCGCGGCAGCCGCUCUCCGCUUACGCCGUAACCGCGCCGCCUCCUUCGCCGGCGACGCUGCGGCGCUGCGAAGUGGCGGCGAAGGCGCUGACGAGGAGAGAGAACCGCGCGGCUCGCCACGAGCGCAUCCGCAAGAAGGUGGAGGGUACCCCGGAGAGGCCGAGGAUGAGCGUUUUCCGCUCCAACAAGCAUUUGUAUGUCCAAGUGAUUGAUGAUACUAAGAUGCACACUUUGGCCUCAGCUUCAACAAUGCAGAAGCCUGUUUCCGAGGGACUCGAUUACUCUUCCGGGCCGACGAUUGAAGUGGCGAAGAAGGUUGGUGAAGCCAUUGCCAAGGCUUGCUUGGAGAAAGGCGUAACAAAAGUGGCUUUCGACAGAGGCGGUUACCCAUACCAUGGACGUGUAGAAGCUCUAGCAAGUGCCGCACGGGAACAGGGUCUGGAGUUGUAGUACAACUUGUGUAAGUUCUGCAAAGGUUUUACCUUGUCUAUUUCUUUCUUGUUCAUGCUAAUCAUAGGAAUCAGUGAAUGGUGUUCACCUGAAAAUCUUUGUAUGCAGAACCAGUCUUCGAAUUGUCUGAAAAACUGCUAUUUUCAAUAUAGCAAGCCUUUUUCCUUCUUGAUAUCUAGUGUAAUCUUUGGCACGUAAACAAGUCAAAGUAAUCGUUCGAGCUCAA